GGUGAAAAGUAAAGUAGUACGAGACUUACAUUUGUAAAAUCACUAUAUCGAKAGAAUAUCAAAUUCUUGUACAAGUGAUUGAUGUUACAAAAUGCUAGAUUAACUAAGAAUUGGAUAACAUGCGAUGGAGGGCUGCAAUCAAAACUGUAGUUGCCACUCCAAUCCAUUUGGUCAAACCAUGUCUGAAAUGGAUUUUGAACGUGGUAUCUGGACAUCAGCAAUGAAUGGUGACCUAGGACGCAUUGAGUCGUACUUAGAGAAAGGAGGUGAUCCUAAUGCCACUGAUACAUCUGGAUACACAGCUUUGCAUUAUGCCAGUCGUAAUGGAAAAUUCAAAGUGUGUCAAGUUUUACUAAGCCAGGGAGCCUGUCCAAAUGUGCAGACAAGGUCUGGUAGWGUAACACCUUUGCACAGGGCAGCAUACAGUGGUCAUCUAGGCAUAGUUACAUUGCUCCUUCAAUACCAAGCUAACCCUAUACUAUGUGARACUGAUGGACAAACACCACUGCAUAAGGCUUCGGAAAGAGGACAUAAGGAUAUAAUCCAGCUUUUAGUSGACAAAUCUCCAGAAUUAACUCACAUUCAAGACAAACGAGGAAGAACACCAUUAGAUGUCAUUCCCCCAAAUGCACCAGACCUAAAAAGUCUUCUCCAGUAAUUGUUGUCAAUUGCUUUAUUUAAAAGCAAUAUAAUUGUCAGGAGUGUUUAUAUUUCCAUUAUUACAUUUUUAACUAUAGCAAAACAUACAAAAACUUUAUGGCUUAUUUUAUAACAUUUUCAUUUCAAUGGAAACAUAAGCACUGCCUACACUAGUUUACAACUGCUAGUUGAUUUAUGCUUUACUUGAAAUACUAAAAACAUCAUUUUUCAUUACCACUAAUAGACUUUGAGAAUGUUUAGAAUACAUGUAGAUCAAUAUUAUUUUCAAGAAGCUGCAAUCAAAAUAGAAGUCAAAUUUUAAAAGCUGUAGUUUUGCAGGUACAGAAUCUAUAUUAUAUUUGCAAAAAUGACUUGUUUUGAACAGAAAGAAAAGUAAUACAAUGGGAUUUCAAMCUCUGUGAUAUAAAUCAUGAAUUUCCCAUUAAAUAAAUUCAAAAGUACUUUUAUCUUAUGCUCAGUAUUGGCAUGUUAGUAAAUGUUUGUAUUAAGCACACAUACCUUCAUAUACAAAGUGUGAAAUAUGGAACUAAUUUUACUUUAUUCCAAAAUCCAAUUCAUUCUUUGGUCAACCAAUGAUAUACAACAAGCUAAUACUGAGRGAUUAAAUAAAACUAAAGAAUGAUUAUACGUUAUUUUCCUAGGAAUAACACGUUGUACAUGUAGAUAGCAAUGCGGCAAUGAAGAAAAAUGAAUAUUUUGCCUUGCUGUCACAUAGCAUAAUGUCCAUUGUACAAUGUCAAGCUUUGUCUUUAUCAUGUCUUGCAGUAUAGACCAUGUAUGCAAUUUUUACUGAUGUAAUGAAUAAUCCAACAAUGAUGAUCACCAGUUACUACUUUGA